AUGUCACCGUUCUACAACGGUAUUAACGUUGACGUCAGAAGAGGGGUUAGGCAAGGCGAUACCAUCUCGCCAGAACUAUUCAUCGCUACCCUCCAAAACGUCAUGCGAACAUUGGAUUGGGAUAAUAUGGGAUUGAAAAUCGAUGGUCGGCAGUUACACCAUCUUCGUUGUGCUGAUGACAUCGUCCUUAUAACACCAAACAUUAGCCAAGCGGAACGUAUGCUUGCCGACUUUGAUAAAGCCUGUGGAAAGAUUGGUCUUCGACUAAAUCUCACAAGAGCGAUGUUCAUGAGGAACAGACUGGUUUCGUAUGCUCCAUUCAAGCUCAACGGAACGAAUAUCUCCGAACGCUCCAGUUAUGUCUGUCUAGGUCGGGAAGUCGACAUGAUAAGCCAUUUAGCUCCAGAGCUGAGCAGAAGGAAACGAGCGGCUUGGGGAGCUUUCAAGAGCAUCGAGGAUGUAGUGGGGAGAACAAAGAACACCUGA